AUGUGCAGCAUGCCAUUCUGCACGCCUCUUGCUUGCCUGCCGGGGGUGAUAGGCGCAUUGCAGGCGGUGGAGGCGGUGAAGCUGCUGGCGGGGGUGGGCGAGCCCCUCUCACCGCGCAUGCUCGUCUACGACGCCCUCGCCGCCUCCUUCCUCUCCGUGAAGCUGCGAAAUCGAGUGCCGACGUGCAUGGCGUGUGGGGAGGGCGCCAGCAUGACGGCGGGCAGUAUCAGCGCCUUUGACUACGAGGCCUUCACCGCCUCGCCCUUCCACGACCAGGGCCCCAAGUCCCUCUCUCUCAUCCCCCCCAGCCAACGAGUGCCGCCCGCCGCUCUCCUUGCCGCCCGGCAGCAGCGCCGCUCACACGUGGUGCUGGACGUGCGGCCGCCACACCUCUUCUCCAUCGCCCACCUGCCCGGCGCCAUUAACACACCCCUCGCCACCCUGGCGGCCGCUGUGGACGAGAUCAAAUCAGCCGCCCGGGCAGCUGCCACGUCAGCCUCGUCCACGUCACCACAACAGGCAGCUGCAGCGCCGUGUGAGCAGGUGGCAGCGGCAGAGGAGCAGCAGGGCGGGGCGAGUGGGGAGGAGGAAGGGGCGGAGGCGGAGGUGUUUGUGGUGUGCCGGCGGGGCAACGACUCGCAGCGCGCGGUGAGCGCGCUGAGGGAGGCGGGAGUGGGGUCGGCUGUGAGUGUGGACGGCGGCAUGCUCGCUUGGGCCCUAGUGGACCCCUCCUUCCCCACCGUCUGA